AAACGGGCGAAUGGACCUGAGUCCGGAGCAGGAAGCGGCGUCACUAUUGACACUGCUCUCCUGCACACUCGUACAGGGACUGAUGAGACAGCCCGGCCGCAGUCUGCCUCUCGUCUAUCUAUGUGGUAGGCACAACCGACUGAACGAUCCUUACACGGGGCCUAGCGGGAUUCUUCGUUGCCUCAACGCUCAGAUUGCCCAGUUUCUGACACCACGCGAGGUCGACCUUUCUGGAAUCAACUUGAGCGUCGUGGAUGGCGUCAGGGGUCAACACCUGGAGGCUCUUUUCACGCUCUUCCGGCUAUUUCUGCUUUCUGCGACUGGAAAGGUGGUGUUUGUCAUCUUGGAAGGGGUGUCCUGGUUGGAGGUGGGACGCCAUGUCCAAGGUCUUGGGGCGGUGGUCUCUUUCCUCUGGUACCUUGUCAACGAGUUGAACCAGCAGGGUCAUGGUGUGGUACUCAAGGUUCUGAUCACCAACUCAGCGACAAGUAAUCACGCAAGAAAAUGGCUUCCAAAAGAAUGCAUAGUCGAGAUGGACGAGGUCAGGUGAGAGAUGCGAGAAUACAAUUGUCGAGACAUUUAGGCAGUGAUACCCCACAAGAUUGCCAUGGAGGAAAUGAAAUUCACUCGAGAGGACCACGAGG